AAGAAGAAUAACAAGAAUGAUGGCGCGGGUUUUAAGGUCUUCUCUCACUAAGUCUCAACCUGUUGGCCUCACUGGAAAUUCGAAUUGUACUUCACAUGAAAAUACGAAAUCACAAGUUCAAGAUAUUAGUUUAUGCGUUGGCAAUACAAUGUUAACUCCAAACAAAUUGUCUAAGCAUCUCCAAUCAUCCUCGUAUAUAGCUCCAGCAAAAAAAUUGGCUAGAAGAUGUGUCCAAAUCAAGUAUGAAGAGGAGCCCAAAAUAGAUCGACUCUCUUCAAACCAAAAUGGAAUUCAUUCUGACACUCAUCCUCAAGCAAUAAAUAGAAACUCUAAUGAUGAAUACAACCAUUGUGCAGGCACGAAAAAACUCAAAAUGGAAGAUGAAGAAAAGGCAUUACAGUCAAGAUGGGAGCCACCACACUGGCAGGAGGUUCUGAAGAACAUUCGGCAGAUGAGAGCUGCACGAGAUGCUCCUGUUGACUCCAUGGGAGCUCAAAAGUGCACGGAUGUGGAUGCCCAACCUGAAAUAUACAGGUUCCAGGUACUUGUUUCUCUAAUGUUGAGUAGCCAAACAAAAGACCAGGUGACCCAUGCAGCCAUGGCCAAGCUACGAGCACAUGGACUUACUGUUGAUAACAUCCUGGCAACAGAUCCUGACACUCUUGGUCAGCUUAUACAUCCUGUUGGGUUCUGGAAGAAGAAAGUUGUGUAUAUAAAGAAAACGUGUGAAAUACUGAGGAAGUAUUAUGGUGGGGAUAUUCCUCCUACACUUAAAGACAUGUGUAAGCUUCCAGGAGUUGGACCAAAAAUGGCUCACCUCUGUAUGGAUAUUGGCUGGGGAAAACUAACAGGCAUUGGUAAGACCCAAGGCAACAGCAGCUUGCAGAUUAGCAUUGCUUAUAGAUAUACUUACCAAUAUCCCAACAACCUCCCUCCCGACCAGUCCUUACCGUCCCAACUACCAGACCACACCAUCACCGCCCUCCCGACCAGACCUCCUUACCGUCCCAACUACCAGACCACACCAUCACCGCCCUCCCGACCAGACCUCCUUACCGCCCCAACUACCAGACCACACCACCACCGCCAUCCCGACCAGACCUCCUUACCGCCCCAACUACCAGACCACACCACCACCGCCAUCCCGACCAGACCUCCUUACCGCCCCAACUACCAGACACCACCACCGCCCUCCCGACCAGACCUCCUUACCGCCCCAACUACCAGACCACACCACCACCGCCCUCCGACCAGAACAACAUAG